AUGGCUGGAUCGUACGCUAAAAAGGCGUCCACGCCAUCCAAGGGCCCCGCGUCAACGACAAAAACCUCUUCGGCGAAGGGAAACAGGAGUAUUUUGAAUUUCUUCCAGAAGACAGACGCACCAGCCGGGGCCACAUCACGCCAGCCACGCAUCACGCAGUUUGUUGGAUCAUCAGCAUCCCCGAACAGUGGGCGUGGAACACCAAAAUUGCAACAUGGCAACAGUUCGAGAAGUGAUAAAUCUGAGGGUCUGUUUCUGGAAGACAAGAAGGGAUUGGCAAAGGUCGAACGGACGGCCGUGACGAUCGACUUGACUGAGAGGGCUCGACCACGGACACCGGAUGACAUCUGGGGUGAGAAUGAGGAUUGUAUGGAACCAGAGGGUUCUCGGUACAAUGAAAAUGGGCAAUCCAUCAAGCGUCAAAAGGUGGAUUCACCUGAAACCUCCAAUGAGAGCGAGGAAGCAAGCGAUGCGCCCAAGCCAGUCAAACCCGCCCCGGCCAUAAAGUCGGAUAAUGGACCGUUCAUCGAUGAGUCGGACAGUGAAGACGACAUGGAGGCAUAUCGAGAGCUGAAAGAGGCCUCGCCUACAAUAGUCGACACGACUUAUAACGAUCAACCCCCCUCCCUUGACGACGAACCGGGUACAAAACCUCUUGCCACUCAGCCCCCGCUGACACCACUGGUAAGAGACGCUACGAAUGAUGCCAACGAUGAUGGACUCGCGAAUUUUGACGAUGUUGAAGACGACGAUGAACUUGUAGGGGAGGAAUUUCGGGACAGACCGUGGGACGACCAAGAAAAUGAAGAAAGACAACAGACCGACUGUGAAAUGAUUACACCUUACGACUUUGAUGAUUCACUUGAUUUCGCACCCGAGUUUGAAGAAGUGAACACUUGCCCGAUAUGCCAGAAAGCGCUGCCAGGAUUCAACGAGACGGAGCUGUCGGUACAUGUGAACGAUUGCCUGGACGGCAAGACCUCGAAUACGCCUGCAACGACCACGCCAGAUCCGGUACCGAUAGUCCAGACGUCAGACGUGAAGAAAGACGAUGAUUCAGGUAAAGGUUUGACACGAUUUGAACGGGCUGCCAUCGCUCGGCCCCCUCAACGCGACCCAUUUUCUAAGAAUGCUCCAGGCGCACGAUCCGCAUUCUCCAAGAUGAUGGCAGGAAAUGCCGAAGAUACAGCCUGGGCAGCCGCCGCUGCGAACGAGGUAUUAUCUCGUGGGAAGCAGGCCUACCAGCGAACUUGUCCAUUCUACAAGAUCAUGCCGGGCUUUUCGAUCUGUGUGGAUGCUUUUCGAUACGGCGCGGUUGAGGGGUGCAAUGCCUACUUCCUCAGCCACUUCCACAGCGAUCAUUAUAUCGGACUGACCAAAUCGUGGUGCCAUGGUCCUAUCUAUUGUAGUCGGCCAACGGGAAACUUGGUUCGACAGCAACUUCACGUGGACCCCAAGUGGAUCGUGGACCUUGAUUUUGAGACGAUGACCGAAGUGCCUGACACGGGGGGAGUACAGGUCACCAUGAUACCUGCCAACCAUUGUCCCGGAAGCUCGUUGUUUCUCUUUGAGAAGAACUUUGGCAGCGGCCCUAACGCUCGACGGCAGCGCAUUCUUCAUUGUGGCGAUUUCCGAGCGUCGCCUACUCAUGUAGAACAUCCUCUACUACGACCCGAUCCUAUCAACCCGAUCACUGGCCAGCCGCGGCAACAGCGAAUCGAUACGUGUUACUUGGAUACCACCUAUCUCAACCCCAAGUACGCCUUUCCCAGCCAGGAGGAUGUGAUUACUGCAUGCUCGGAACUCUGCGUUCGACUCCAUGAAGAAUCCGGCGUGGGAAGCGAUCUUGGCAACACUGCUGGUAGUAGCCUUAUGAGCAAGUUUCUCUCGUCGAUAACCAAAAGUGAUUCGGCCUCGGAGCGGUCUUCGUCCAAUGCUGGUCGCCUGUUAGUGGUCAUUGGCACGUACAGCAUUGGCAAGGAGCGAAUCUGCCUGGGCAUCGCAAAGGCGCUGGGAUCAAAGAUAUUUGCCAACCCCCAGAAACAGCGAAUCUGUGCCUGUCUGGAGGACCCCGAGCUAUCCGCGCUGCUGACGAGUGACCCUCGGGAGGCGCAGGUCCAUAUGCAAACGCUGUUUGAGAUCCGGGCCGACACUCUGGCCGAUUACCUAGACACUUUGAAACCCCAUUUCUCCCGAGUGGUUGGCUUCCGGCCCACUGGCUGGUCGUACCGACCACCUGCCGGACGCAUGCUGGACAACCCCCCGUGCCGACGGUGCUGCCGCGGAAGCACGCGGGAGAGUGCCUGUUUCGGCGUGCCGUAUAGUGAGCAUAGCUCGUUUCGCGAGUUGACCAUGUUCUGCUGUGCGCUGCGGAUCGGUCGGGUGAUUCCCACGGUGAACGUUGGCAGCCAGAAGAGUCGGGAUCAGAUGAAGGCGUGGAUUGAGCGGUGGGAGGGGGAGAAGAAGCGAAAUGGACUGUUUCCUGCGGCCGAGUGGUAG